AGUCCCUGAAUGCAGCGUGUGGGCAGUGUCUAUGAGCGCCGCGCGGACAGGCAACACAACAACCCAACAAACCUGAAGUCAGCAUGCCCGUGGACCUGAGCCAGUGGACUGGAGCUCUGGAGCUGCAGGAGGUCGACGAGAAACCCGGAGAACCACUGACUGUUAAAUACGACUCCGUGGAAGUAGAUGAACUCGGCAAAGUACUCACGCCAACACAGGUGCAGAAUAGACCCACCUGCAUUGAAUGGGCUGGAUGUGAUCCCAGUAAACUCUACACUUUGAUCCUGACUGACCCUGAUGCCCCAAGUAGAAAAAAUCCCAAGUUCAGGGAGUGGCAUCAUUUUCUUGUCAUCAACAUGAAAGGGAAUGACGUUUCCUCUGGCUCUGUCAUGUCUGAUUAUGUGGGCUCAGGACCUCCCCAAGGAACAGGUCUGCACAGAUACGUUUGGCUGGUGUAUGAACAGGCCGGCCCCCUGUCCUGCUCUGAGCCUGUCCUCACAAACCGCUCUGGAGAUGGACGCGGAAAGUUCAAGAUCCAAAGUUUCAGGCAGAAGUACAAGCUCGGAGCCCCAGUGGCCGGCACCUGCUACCAGGCCGAGUGGGAUGACUAUGUGCCCAAAUUGUAUGAGCAGUUGUCUGGAAAGUAACUGUUUACAAGUGUCCCGAGAACUUAAAAGCACUUAGGGUCUUUCAUAAUACAUCAGAAUCACCUAACACCACUCACGUGUAGCACCUGGUAGUGUUCUUCCCUUUGCUGCCUUUUUCAUUCACUUAACAUUGAAAACAAAUCAUUAGUACAAUAAUUUGGUUACCAUGGGAGCAUUUAUGUUGGCAGUUCCUAUUGAUUCAUUCAGUGUAAACAUUAGAGUACAAUUAUUUGAAUCAAUAAACUAUGUCAGUUAAUAGAAA